UAUUGUAAGCUUCUAUUUCAUUUUAUUUUGAGAUUUGAGAAGGGGAAAGUGAUUGAAGCAAAGGAAGAAACGGAGAAGAGAAACUUGAAUAUGGCGUCGUUGUUGUUGGUAUUGGUGGCAAUGUCGUCGCUUCUGUGCUCGACAAUGGCGGUGGAAAGUGGUGCAGGACCAGUAGGUGUCGCAAGACCAGUAGGUGUCGCAGGACCAGUGGGUGCUGUAGACCCUCCUUCUUCAGAGUCUGCAUCAGUUUAUAUAGUUUACACUACGGUGGCCUAUGGAAAAAAUACCCAGGGCUUCCAAAUCAACUCCCUUGACUCCAUCUUUGGCAGCGAGGAGGCAGCAAAGCAAGCCAUGCUUUACACUUACAAAACCGAUGGUUAUUACGGAUUCUCGGUUAAGCUGACUCCCGACCAGGUCGCCGCCAUCUCAAAGCUACCGGGUGUUCUCCAAGUGACGAAAAGCAAGACAUACCAGAUUCAUUCCGGACAUGGUAAUAUACACUAGAACAAGUGGUAUCUUCACAAAUGCAGCUAUAUCGUCAUCUAAAUAGGCAAACUGACAGCUCAUCAAUCUGCUAGUUAUGGUGUAAUCUGCAACAAUAACUCAACAUUAUCCCAACUAAAAAGGGUCGGCUACAUGGAUCGGAACAAAAUUCAUGGUGUAAUUUGAAUUACUUAAUAUGGUUGCAUACCUGAAUAAAGAUUAUAAUAAUCAUUGUCAUAUAUAUAGUUAUUGAUCAUGUAAAUGGUUAUAUAGUAUGUAAAUUUUGAUUUAUAAGACAAUCCAUCAUUGGGUAUGGUGAUAUGCUAUUUGAAGAAAGUGGGCAUCUCUUGGCAAUAUGAAGAAAAUAUUGGCUAGUA